UUUACUUGUUCGUGAAGUCCAAAGACAAGGCGUUCAAAACAAACUGACCUGUAUGUGUGGAAACUCGACAAGCUGAUAAAAGAAGGCGUUUAACGGUCAUCCCAUUCAAUGAUCGAUUGUCUGUCUGUCUAGAAYUUACCCACGAGGUAAUCAACGAUGUAAGAACGAGUGAUCUGCUGGGAUUCGAAAGAGCCUUUCCAGACUUGUUAGAUGUUCAAGCAGUGUGGAUGGCUUGCUAGCCAUGGGGUAUACGGGUGAAGUGACSUGCAAUGGCCAGUAAAGACCAAGCGAGUGUAAUCCGCCGAUCAAGUCGUGGAAGGACAGGCAUCGACGCAAAAACAAAAACCGAUUCCGGCUGUUUUGUCGACGACGAUGUAGAAAAACAAAUCGAUAAAUCACCGCCAAGAAACAAAAGCGAAUCGAAUUCGAAAUMCGAAUUUUUCAAUGCGAAUUCGCUUGAAAGAAAUAAAAAGAAUACRUCGAACAACCUUAUCAGCGGUAAUUCUUACAAUGCAGUGGCUCAUCAACGAGAAAUGAGCCACUCAGACGAAYUGUUGAACGAUGAAGAAGCGCAAGGAGAUUCUAAGGGCAACAUUAAUACUGACGCGAAACCAAAUGGAGAUUUUUAUUGCUUGUACUACAGUGACUCCCCAAAUAGUAGYUUGACAAGGAACAAAGAAAAAAGUGCGAAUUCUUCGAUAUCAGAUAAUGGUGAAGAUAUUGGUGCGAAAGCUGAAGAACUACUUCAGAAAGUCAAAUCUGAAGCUCUAAGAAACAAAUCAACWGAUGAUUCUUCAAAUAAGGUAAACGAGCUUCCCGCCAAAMGRAAACCACCUCCCGUUGCGCCAAAACCAAAACGAAAUUCUAAAAAUGACAGCACAUCGCCCAAAGAUCCAAUWCUGGAUGAGUUGGAGAAACUCGGUGCAUCUGUGGGUCGURACUUUAGCGAUGUCCAARAAAACGACUCAAGCGUGUUUUCCAACGCAGURAAAGAGCUACAAGUUGCCAAAACACCUGAAGAGUGCUUUAAUCGCUUCGAUGCAAUACAAAGCUCUCUUCUCGAGAACGUACCAGACACGUUAGAGCGAAAGAAAGCCAAAGAUGAAAAGGAACAGACAAGGAGAAGAAGCUUUCCUGGUGCCGACAGGAACCGGAAGCUCUCCGACGGCUCGAAUAAAGAUGUMAAUGGCAACAAAUCUAAAGAAAACAAAMAGCAAGAAUCUCCGAAGCCUUUAAAACAGAAAAGUGAAGUCAAGAAGUUUUCACGAACGGAGAGAGAAUCUUUGCAAUCGAUGAAAGAAGAUUCACAUCAUAAGCGCAGUCAUAUGAACACUGACACUUCYUAUACUCCAAAAUCUCUUUUYKCUCGUCCUGACUCGUACAGGAUCACAAAAACUGAAASCACGAAGAAGAUCGUUGACAAAAAAGAGUCAAACAAAGAGAAUAUUAAGAAGGAUAAAAAACCAAGCCAACCAACAAAAGGUGCMAAGAUUGGUAAGAAGGUGGAUACCKCAUCGAAAGGAAWUGGCUCCACGAAAACAAAAGAUCGAUUAAAGCUCCGUUCAUCCAGGAGGCGAAUAAAUGGAGAUCUYACMUCGAUACCAGAAGAUGGAGUCAUYGGUGURAGGAUUGACGAUUUGGAUGACAACGCUAUACCUCUAGCAAAGGGMGAAGAUGAUUUAUCUUCUGGUGAAGAUGAUCUUGACAAAUAUGAUGAAGAUAACAGUGAGGAUAUCACUGAUCCAUCYUUAGAAGAGCUGGAUUUUCCCCCUCCGCCUAGUCCUAGCGAMAUGGCUGUUGAUUCCACAUGUUGUUCARUAGAAACAACGGUCUCUAAAACAACAACUCAUGAAUCAAGAGUAAAUGUAAUUCAYGAAAAUUAUAUUUCAGGCUCAAGAAACAAUUCRCAAAGAYUUGAAAAUACGAAACUUUCYCAUGAACAGCUGACUUCUCAACAGCGUUUCGCUCGAGCUCAGUCCUCUUCCUUGAGUUCGGACGGUUGGACCUCRGAAUCAACUGCUGGAUAUUCGUCUGCAAAUGAUGCUGAUGACGAAAUUGAACGACUACCCGAGCUGGAGACUAGCGAGGACUUUGAAACGUACGAAGAUCCCGAGGAGAUUGCUGAUAUGACAUUCGGUACWGUYAUUGACGGGGCAGGAGACGACGACACKUACAUUGAGGAAGCRCCCCAWAGGAUACCGAGAAGUGACAUCAUUGUUGAGAGAAGACAGCAACUGCAGAGAAAACAUGUUGCAAUCGACAGAGAAGCUUCCUCGCCRACUUACAGCACUUAUUCACRUUUACCUCAAGAGAGUCUUCAGGAUGACGCCCAUGUGAACCACUACCCCAUCCAAAGYGAGGAAUAUCAGAUGGAUGUCGAUGUUCCGUACCAUUAUGAACCUGAAUAUUACGGAAACGAAAGUGAAGUUAUACAUCAUGGAAAGUCUAAUAUMAUUGACUCGAAUAUACCAAGAAAUAACCACAUUACGGCAGAUACGAUAUCCUUUAAUGACCCAGGUUUGGAAAGAGAAGACUUAGAAGAUUAUCAARUGGAACAAAGACCAAGAAAGGCUCAGSARGAAAAUCRCCCAGAUCCAAGUGGCUUUAUGACAGUCGAAGAUAUUAAGAGGYUAAUAUUCCAAGGACAAAAGCCAUCGAUUCCAAGAUCGAGUUCUUUCUGUGGUGCAUCAUCUCAUCUCAAAGAGAAAGCUUUACAAGARCAAGAUGAAUUCCAAAGGCAGUCCUGGUCAGGAUAUAGYRCAAGGCAGCAGCAACAACAACCAGUCAUUGAUCCUCUUGUGAGAGAAUUUCCUAGAAGAAACGCCCCUUUGGAAGUAUCCAAAAAMUCACCUUAUGUMAGAACCGUUGUUCAAAACCCCAAACGUCAACAUGAUUUUUUCAGCGACUCUAAUUURACUACMGCYAGCGAAGGGAUGAGAAACCGUGUUGGACGGUCACAGUCWUUUUGURGMGGGACAUCUCUACAACAUAGAACUAACUCAUUAGAGAAUUAUCAAAUUAAUGUUGUKAGAGGAGACAGAGGGAAGAGAUCGCGUUCAUUYUKMGAUGCUCCGCUACAACGAAGAGCGAAUUCGCUGGAUGAUCGUCAUCUUGAUAUUAUGAGUGAUAGUGAUGGUAGAGUAGGUCSUUCRCGRUCAAURAGAGGGCCACCAAUUCAGCGACGUGCCAAUUCACUUGAUGAAUAUUACUCCACAAACAAAAUGUCAUCUUCGAGUCAACGAUCAGGCCAGCCGAUACAACGUGGUCGGCUUUUCCGAAGCCCUUCCGAUAGUUCCUCCGACUAUAGUCAUUCAGAYAAUGAGCAAUACCACGGACAAUUCUCUAGAACCAGUACGGGSUYWCGCGGGGUAAGGAACUCUCCGGCYACACAGUAUAUUGAYACCAAAGAACUUUUCAAGCUACUKUCRCCACAAUCAAUGAAUGAGGUUGUUGAGCAGCAGAUACCUCMAGUGAAUAACUUACAACACAGCUCUCGGAAUGGGCGUUCGACCUUUCCCCGRAAGUCCUCGGAAAGCCUUCGUAUUCAAGCUAUUCGACGAGCCUCUCAGGCUAACAGCGAUAGUGACUCUGAUAAUUACGUUGAAACAUUCAAAAGUCUUCAAAACCAUCCACCAGUCAAGCAACACAMACCUGAAGUCAAAAAAGUAGAAAAUCGACCCACUCUGUCUCAAAGAUUUUCCGAUGUUCCACAACGUAUAAACUUCGACGAGCUAGCAGAGCAGCUGAAUCUACCAUCAGACGACGAGGAAGACGAMGUUGUAGACGGCAGACUUGGUGGUUCACGAUCUGAGUCAGAGUUUGGUGCAGAUUUAGAGUUUGAUUAUGGUGACUAYUUUGAUGACAACAAUAUGAUCGUUGGUGAAGCUUUGAGGUUGAAGAAAGUCCUUGGCUGUAAUACAAAGCAGGACCCUGAAUUGGAAACACUAGUUAGCGAGGUAACAGACCCAAACAUCCAAAAAUGUAAAUCAAGUCAYGUKUACGUAAAGCAAAGYACUCAAACCGAUGAAYAUYUACCAUUAGAGCGGCCGCCAUCUUAUAGUGAAGUCAGRAAAGAGAUGAAAGCAAAGCGAGCUAUUGAUAAUCCAAACCACUUCAACUUGUACGAUACAGAUAGCUCGUACUUGUCMGAGUCGGACAAUUCUGAAUAUAAUCAACAUGSUAGGCCUAYGUUUCAUUCGUACAUUCAAGCUAACACGAAUCGUCAAAGARCAGAUUCAGGGACYCAAACUGUGRUUAUWAAGCCACCAACAGAAAAGGCWAUCUCAACAGAYGAGYUAUUGAAAAUGYUAAUUAACUCUAGUCAAGGAAAUCUGYWAAAAAGUAAACCAACACAAAACGUGCAKMAAAAUCCUCAAUCAGUAGUUCAAAAUCUGUUGUUUCCCGCKCCACAGACCAAAGCUGCCAGCACCGGSAAUAUUCACUCGGAGAAAAAAUUUCCCGGCCACGUGCAUCAGCUCUAUGGAAGUACAGAUGUGAGUGGUGAACACAGUACUCUAAAUAGGCGUCGUGGUCACCAACCCCCGCCAAAGUAUCACAAAAGUCAUGAGUCCCUAAGAAGAGGCAAGCCUAGCACUGCCUCAUCUGACGUCCUUAGAGCAAAGCUCGUAAGUUCUUCUGAAAAUAUYAAAGACAACCMRAGGAGGGUUUUCGARGAGGAAGUCGAYUGCAUGAGAACCAAAGGAAUGGGAGACUUUAGUUCUGGUGAAAUAUCAUCUGGAUCGUCAUUAGAUGAUGUGKUGGAGACCAAAACCAGCCCWGUUGCCAGUGUGGCUUACAUUGGYUGCGAAGAAACGASCGCUAUUGAGACUUUACCUAGGGUUAGGCAGUCAUCACAUCGGAAAAGGCGUAAAGAGGUAGUAGGAUUCUUGUCAGAUCAAGAUAUCCCAACUGUUGUUCGCAACGAUAGUAAUAAGWAUGAUAAACUUGUGAGAGAAGUACCUAYGAAAACKUCUAAUGAUCUUAARCYAAGCAAAAACAUGGAACCCAAAAAUAUCGAUAGUGAGAAUUCAGAAARAAUUUUCUUGACAAAAAAGGAUAUACCAAGGAUCGAUCUUGACCAAUCAAACAGCGCGACGCCUAUACAUGACCAAGAAAAYACAUGCGUGGUUAACGGAGAUCAGAUAGUUCACUUCCCGCACGACGAAGUUCCGAGUCCAAACAGCGUYAAUGUGUUUAUUGAUUAUAAGAAAAACGUCAUGAAGGUAACRACAAGCACUCCAAAGAUCCAACAUGGAAAACUUAUUACAGAUUCKCCAACCAGCCUUAGCCCUGUAGCAGGAAGUCCUACUGAGAGAAAGAAGCUAUCUCCAAGGAGCAGCGUUGGCCAGGAAGAGUUUCCUCCCCGCUACGAUAGCGGCUCAUCWAGCGAGMGRUCUUCAUCGGUCUAUUCAUCAGACGAUGAAAAAUUCUUUGGAAGCAGUGAUACUGUCGUAUUUGURGACAAGACAACAGAGAGCCAAAGUAACAAGCCAAAUGUGGAUGUUGCUMYACCAARYGACCAAAGCGCAUGCGCAAAUAAUGGGYAUAAUGAUARCAUUACAGAUGACAUMAAUGCGUACAGCGCUCGUGUGGAUUCUCUUCUUCGAGAAGUGAGGUCGUCACUUGAUCUYGACUCCAUUGGAUCAGAUUUGCUGGACCAAGCAAUGGAACGUGUGAAAGACAGGCUGUCACCGCGUUCACCAGAUCAGGCMUUUGGAGGGCUUACAAUGGAGGCAUAUGUUGCUUUAAAUCAAGCUGAUGAACUGCAGUCAAUCAUCAAUGAAAUAAAGGGUGAGUUACAGAUUCUACAAGAAGAGAACAGCAUGCUGAAGGAGACUGUUGUSUCUCUYCAACUUGGUGACUCACAAAGCRCUAGUGAGACAACUGAAGCAAGUUUUACAGAAUCUGCUGAAAGAAUUGAAUCCAUUCGUAAACAAAUAGCUGCUGUUGUGGUGAAUAAACAAGGCGAGGAAAAAGAAGAAGAAGAUCUYAUUACUAUAGACGUUCUUCUUCGAGGAUUUGGAGARACAGUUGGAUUGAAGACUCACAGGAAAACGGACGUUAAACUUGGUCAAGUGACUGUAAAAGGAGGAGCGGACUGGACAGGAGUGUAUGACGCAGCGAAAACAACUUUCCUGGACCAUAUCAAGCGUAUCGCUCCGUCUUCAUGUUUGGGACUGGGCCCUACUAGCAUGUAUGGUGCUCAGAUAGGUGCAACCAUGUUGACACCAGAAACGCUGCGAAAAAAGAAUCCCCGUGUUGAGAUAUCGCGGAAAUUCAAUUCUUGUGUCAUCCAAUUGAAGGAUGGAAUGACAGACUCUUUUGAUACUCUAAUCUACGAUACACUUCUCCCCAAACGCGUUAUUGAGAAUUACGUUCAUCAAAUCCUUGAACAUCGUUUCGUUGUGUUGUGUGGUUCUCUUGGUAUGGGGAAAACACAUUUAGCCACAAAACUGGCGGAGCACAUAGCACAAAGGUUCGGAUCCAAAUCACAGAACGCAGUUCUAACCCUUUCAGUUGGUGAAAAAUCAAGGAAGGAACUCAAGAAAACAUUGGCGAAUCUCAUGAAGUGUGAUAUAUCCACGCAUUCAGACGGAGUUCCUGUGGUAGUGAUUUUAGACCAGCUUGAUUGUUUGGCGUCACUGGGCGAUAUUUUUGAUCCAAAACAGUUGGAAGGCAAUCGAAAUAGCCCAUUCAUCAUUGGUGUGAGAAACAAAAGCAAGAAAGGUCCCUUCUCAGCCAAAGAACUUGCCAUACAUAAAUACUUCAGAUGGUUACAAAUGUCUGUUUAUGAUCGACAUGUGCUGGGUUUAUUAGAACGAUUCUUAAGAAGGAAACUGAGCUGGUCUGACAACAUAUUUGAUGGAUCUCUUCAUCUGGCUGACUCAAGUCUGGCAAAGAAUUAAUCAAAUUCUGCUUUCGUACGUCGAUGUUGAAGUUACAAUMGGGCCAUCUAUGUUCUACACGUGUCCUAUGGACAUAAACACAGCUGAAGGCUGGUUCGUUAAUGUAUGGAACUACACUAUUAUCCCUUAUUUACACCAGAAUAUACGAAACUCAAGAAAGAUUUACGAGCGCGAUGUACCCUGGGAAGAUCCUACAAAGUGGGUGAUAAUGCGAUGGCCCUGGCUCAGGACAAAUGUGCUCCAGUCCUCCCCUAGUAAAGCUGGAAGUCUGGAAUCAUGGUCUACUGCCGACUGGGAAACUGCCUCUAUAGGGUCUGAGGAAGAGAGCAUUGCUUCAUCCACCCUCURAAGCAAUUACAAUCACUGAUAUUCGCUCCCCCUUCAUUAGUCUAGCAGAUACAUUUGGGCUUUUCGUUUAUGUCAGUGUGGAAAGUAUAUAUCUAUAUAUAUGGCGAACGAAAGAUUCUACUACCAUUAAAAGACAAAUUUCAGUUCAUAAAACGUUCAAUCCAGGGGGCAAUACAAAGCCAAAUAAAAAUAUCUUUUGUAAUUUCCAAUAUAAGCUCCAUUUAGAUAGGAAAAAGACAUAUAUUUACCAAUAAUUAGGGAAUUUUACAGUAAGUGUCCCGCGUAAGGAAUAUACCGAUCCGUCCAAAGCACGAGCAGUAAUACCUAUCUACUGAUGCUAUUUUUAUUGUAUGGGGCGACCAAAAYAUUUCUUAAUGAUAUAGGGACGUGUAUAUAUAAUUCCCAAUGGAGGCUUCACUGAAUUACCUAYGAUAAUAGGCGUGAUUGUAAACAAAAAUGGCGGCUAUCAAACGGAUUUCUACUUCUUCKACAGAUUUUAUGGUCGUAUUUUCGAUUAUUACUCACGAUUUAUACUAUUUACCAAACUAUAACAAAUUGAAAUUCAAGCUUGUAUGUCAAUUUAUAGACAAUCACUAACUGAAUUUAUAUCAGAAUGUAUGACACAUUGUAUGGACGUAAAACAACUAUAGUAUCCCAUAAUCAAUUGUACGUUUAAGGUUGGAUAAUUCAUUGCAUGUAAAGUUUAAAGUAUAUUUUAACUUAAUACAUUUUCUAAACUUGAAGUAUAUUCUUAAUAUUUUUCCAUGCUAAUAUGCAACGAAAACCGAACAUUCAGUGGCUAAUUCAGGGAAGUAAGGAUCCCUCCUAGAAAGUUUGUAAGUUAUUUAGUUAAUACCGGGAAAAACAUUAACWAAUGCCAGCUUUGYACAGUUGAACCCCCCUGGAUCAACGGUACAAUGUUCAUAAGUCAUUACGGGAAAUCGGUGUAAAUUUCGUGGCAAGUUUUSUUCAGUUUUCGAAAUAUUAUUAUUUACAUUGAUUUUAUACAGGGUUUAGAUAAAACAUUUCAUAAACAUCCAUAUAUUACGAAUGUAUUUUUUAACUAAAUGAUUUAAUGAAACCAAUAAAGCAAUUUUAUAUCAAUA